AUCUGUGUUGCGCACGUUGCGCAAUCGAAGCCAACUGUCAUUGUCAAAAGAUUUUGCGUCUUCGAUAUUAAGACUUAUUGUUUCUUAUACGUUUCCCUAAGAUAAGAAACUAUAAAAACGAAACAUGUCGACAAAGAUCCGGUUAUUAGUUCCUGCUAAAGUCAUACGAUAAUCGAUCGGAGUACGAGACUCGUCAGCACCAUGUAUUGUUUGCAAUGGCUGAUUCCUGUGCUACUUAUACCGAAGCCUGUGAACCCGGCACUUGUGAACACUCAUGUUAUGUUCAUGGUGCUAUAUCUGAUUGGAUUUUUCCUCGAAAGGAAACCGUGUACAGUAUGCAGCUUUGUGUUUCUAGCUGCUGUUAUACUUAUAUGUUACAGCGGCAUAGGCAAUUGUUUAUUUUGGGCUAGUCAAUGUGAAGGUGAAAAAUACGACACUUAAUAUGCAACGAAUCUUCCAGAGUUACCUUCCAAGAUGCUCAAAUGCAAUCAAGUGUUGCUGUCAUUAAAAAUGGCAGCAAAAUCAAGUGCGAACGGAUGGGAAAAUUCGAUGGCGCUAGUUUUUUUCAUGCAAUCCAUUGCAAUCGUUUUUUGUGUAUAUUUUUGUAAAUAAAGUGUUUGUUUUGUUUACAUUACUGUUGUGUAUAGAUAAUAUAGUUUGAUGUUGACGGUGACAUGUCAUAGGUACUUAUGUGUCUUAAUUUUGUUGAUAAUUGAAAUAAUAUGAAGCAAUGGAGUGUACAGUUAUUAUUAGUAGCAUAAUAUAUUAUG